AUGCGUUUCAACUUGGGCGUCAACGACGCGACCCAGGCCUUCCUAGCCGCACACCCGGACAUUGCCAUCGGCAGAGACGCGCUGCAUGAAGCAGAGGCCAAAUUUACUUCGGGAAACAAUUUCGUCGUCUAUUCCAAGCCUGUCGCCAAUAUUAUCUUAAUCAAAGAGUACGACGCCGAUACCAAGGAGCGUCGCUAUACCGCAGCCCUAGUCGACGACCCGGCGGCCGAAGCCUUCUAUCGGGAACACGAAAGCAAGUUUGCUGAAGAUGGCCCCGUCUAG